UGUGCGAAACUUUGUAAUUCUUGUAUUUAACUAGAAAGAUAAUAAGUGGCACAUUCCUUCUUUGAAAUGGACAUAUUAAUUGAACCGGAUUGCUAUAAAGUAUGUCGUAUCUGCAUGGAAAGUUGCGAGGAAGAUUUUGUAUGCGUUUAUGACGAAUUCGAAGACAACAUAAUGAUGGACGUAAUCAUGGAGUGUGCCCGAGUAGAGAUAAGAAAAGAUGAUGCUUUGCCACGAAACGCUUGCCGCAACUGUGCCGAAUAUAUGAUAAUCGCCUAUCACAUCAUUCAAAAGUGUCGAGACUCAGAUCAAACGCUGAGAUCAAUAUUCAAACAUGAGAUCGAUUUGAGCAGCAGAAAAGACGAGGCAGUUUUCGAUGCUAACGACAUGCAUGAUGACAUAAAUUCCGCCGAAUACGCUUUCCUGCUAUCGGAAGCUUAUGACAAUAUCUUGUUGGAAAACGUUAAAGGCUUAAUAGCUGAAGAGGUCAAAGCAGCUCCACCGGUUGAAUUACCUAAUGAAAACUUUUACAGUGGAAAUAUGAACGAAGGAAACCUUUUGGUUACAAAUAAAGACAUACAGGAACCAUUAGGUCAUACAUCUGAUUUUAAAAAUACAGAUAUAUUGGAAACGAUGGAAAAUAGACCCCCUGGUGGGGAUGAAAACAGAUUAGACCAAUCUCACGUUACAAAAAAGUGCUGUGGUUGCAAGAAAACCUUCAACAGUGACAUAGAACUAAAAACCCACAGUAACUUGGUACAUCAAAAAGAACAACCCAGCAUUUCCGAGACAGGCAAACCUUUCCAAUGUUCGAUAUGCUACAAAUCAUUCUCUAAUCAGCAACUAUUGAAAGAGCACCAGCGAACUGUAAUAAGAAGAUUCUUUUGUCGUCAGUGUGGUAAGGGAUUCAUGACCCAGACGAAUUUGGAAAAUCAUCUCAAAUACCACAUUGCUUCACAUGAAACCAUAAGAUGUUGCGGAUGUCGUAGAGACUUUAAAUCACAAUCAGAUCUUCUACAACACUCACAAGAAGUACACCAAGUAGAACAAACAAUUAAUCCAAGCAAACCUUUUGAAUGUAAUAUCUGCUAUCGACGAUAUUCCACACGCAAGUCACUUGUUGGUCACAAGCGAAUGACCCAACAACAUCAGUGCCAACAAUGCGGAGAGGUAUUCAUGAAAAAAUUAUUCCUAUCAUUGCAUGAAAAAUCCUGCCACGAUGUAAGAACCGAUGACAACAAAAGAAAACGUUGCUGUGGUUGUCGUACUGAGUUCUCCAAUCAACAGGCAUUGCUAGACCACGCUGCUGCGGUUCAUAGAAGUGCUAGCGAUGCACAAUCGGAUUCAACAAACGAAAGUUCUAAAAGCUUUGAAUGCGAUAUCUGCUGCAAACGUUUCUCUUCCAAACUAGUUCUCAAUCAACAUAGGAAAAAAAUUAACCUGGAAAAACGCUACUCCUGUGAUAUUUGCGGUCGCACGUUUAGCCGAGCGCAUGACAAAACUACUCAUCAAACUACCCAUUCGAAUGAAAUGCCAUUUUCAUGUCAUAUUUGCCUGCGACGAUUUAAAAACAAAUUAUACCUCAAAAAUCAUCUUAAGUUACAUGCUACUAGCGAAUCACGGAAUUUUUGCUGCGCGGAAUGUGGCAAAUGUUUCCGCACGAAAGAUCUACUAAAGACGCACUUGAUAAGUCAUAGUGACGAACGGAGGCAUCGUUGUCCGUUUUGUCCAGCGGCGUUCAAAAGGGCACAAUGUUUGAAGAUUCACAUCAAGGUACAUACCCAAGAGAAAGCUUUUGCUUGUGGUAUUUGCGACAAACGGUACGUUCAGUCUUCCGAUCUAAAACGGCACAUGCUAACACAUAAUCCGGGUGAGAGUGGUAAACCCUUUCAGUGUGAGUACUGCUUGAAACGUUAUCCCCGUAAGGACUAUUUGAAGAUACACAUUCGGAAGCAACACCUGGAGAAGGCGGACAUGAUACUGAUCGAAGAUGUAGCGCUCGAAUUUCAAGGCAAUGGUGAUCCUGUUGAUUUUUUGAUUAUAUAAAACCCCUGGCGUGCGGGUGGCAUUAGCUUUAUCUGCGCUGCAUUGUCUUUUGAGAAAUAAAAUAUUUCAUAUUUUAAUCAAUUCCACCUUUUAGUAGCAUUUAUGUAUU